ACACAAAUAUGAAAAGUAUGGAACAUUUGAAAUGUUGGAGAGGAGUGGUGGUGACUAUGUUGGUGUUGCUACAUGGGUUGGGUUGGAGUACUGAUGGGUGUGUGGACCAAGAGAGGGAGGCUCUCUUACAACUCAAACUUUUCUUUUAUUACUUAAAUUGGCCAGAGAGUAGUAAUUCUUCAGACUGUUGUGAGUGGGAAAGGGUGGUGUGCAACGCCACUACUGGAAGAGUAACCAAACUCUCUCUUGUUGAUGCAGCAUGGGAUGAAAUGUCGUGGUAUCUUAACGCCUCAUAUUUUCUUCCCUUUGAACAACUCACAAGUCUCGACUUGAGCGGAAAUUAUAUACUUGGUUGUGUGGAGAACCAAGGAUUUGAAAUAUUGUGGUUGAGGCUGAGGAAAUUGGAGAUCCUUGACUUAAGUUGGAAUAAUUUCGAUGACAGCAUUAUAUCAUCUCUGAGUGGUUUUUCUUCUCUCAAUUCUCUUUAUUUAAGCGUUAAUGGAAUGGGAAGAACCUUAAAUAGCAACGGUCUUGAAAGUCUAUGGCGGUUGAGCAAUUUAGAGCUUCUUGAUUUGAGCUAUAACCAAUUCAACAACAGCAUGAUGUCGUCUUUACGUGGGCUUUCGUCCUUAAAAGUUUUAUAUCUCGGAUGGAACCAAUUAAGUGGAAUUAUUGAUAUGGAGGAUUUAAUUAAUCUAGCCAACUUGAAUACGUUGGAAAUGAUUGGAAAUGAGAUUACAGGCUUCAGAUCAUUUAAAGGUGAUUUGGAGUUCCUUGAUUUGACUCGUAAUCGUUUCAACAACAAUGUUUUUGCAUCUCUUAAUGGACUUUCACGUCUCAAGUUUCUAAAUUUAUCACAAAAUCAAUUGACAGGGUCAAUCCACCUUAAAGAGUUGGCAUGUUUGAGAAAUUUGGAGGAGCUACAACUAAACGGAAACAAGAUCGAAGAGAUUGUUGGCCCUCAAGACAAAACAACCUUGAACAAGUUAAAGGUGCUUGGCCUGGCAUAUCUCCAACCUAAUGGUAAAGGCGUUGUGCUAAAAUCAUUAGGGGGACUAUCAACUCUCAAGAAGAUUGAUCUUCGAGAAAAUAUUUUGAAUGAAACAAAUGCAUUUCAAGAUUUGUUUAAUUUGAGUAGACUGGAAGAAUUGUUUUUAGACCAUUCUAGCCUCCAUAAAGAUUUUCUCCGAGGUCAUGUUGGAUCUUCCACUUCUCUCAAAGUUCUUCAUUUGAGUAGUUGUGGUCUCAAGGGCACCCUACCCGAUCGAGGCUGGUGUGACCUAAAAAACUUGGAGGAUCUAAAUCUUAGUGACAAUGAACUUGAAGGAGCACUUCCACCAUGUAUGGCAAAUUUGUCAUCUAUUCAUAUUUUGGAUCUCUCUCACAACCAACUCACAGGAAAUAUUGCUUCCACUCCCAUACCCAACUUCAAGUCUAUUGAAUCUCUCUCACUUGGAUAUAAUCACUUUCAAGUAUCCCUCAAACCAUUCGCAAACCACUCAAGUCUAAAAACUUUCCAAGCUAAUGAUGGUAAUGAGUUGAUCGAUCAAGCUGCCUCUCACCCUUGGACUCCAAAAUUCCAACUAGAGGUAUUGAAGUUGUCAAAUUGCAUAACAAAGAAUUCAAAUGCAAGUUUUCUCAACUUCUUAUACCAUCAAUUCAACUUGAGAUAUCUUGACCUCUCCAGUUCAAAAUUUGGUGGAGCAUUCCCGAGUUGGUUGUUUGACAACAACACAAGAUUACAACAGAUUUACUUGAUGGAUAACUCAUUUUUGGGCCCAUUUCAAUUGCCAUCACAUCCUAAUCUAAAAGUUUAUGUGAUAGACAUAUCCCACAACAAGUUAGGGGUUCGCUUUUCGUCAAAUAUAUCUUUUGUUUUUCCAAAUCUAGUACUCUUAAAUAUAUCUAAGAAUUCCUUUCAAGGUACCAUCCCUCCAAAUUUGGGUGACAUAAAGUCCUUGGAAUUUUUGGAUUUGUCAAAUAAUCAACUUUCUGGAGAAAUAAAAGACCAAUUUUCUAACACUCCAUUGCAGCUCAUCAGACUCUCAAACAACAAUUUUUCUGGUUUCAUUCCUAACUUGUUUGAUCCUGUUAGUUUGAGCUUUUUAUUGUUAGAUGGCAAUAACUUUGUUGGAGAGUUAUCUGAUCUCUCAUCACUCAUGGGUUUGGUAUCAUUGGAUAUCAGUCGUAACUCGCUGUCAGGCAGGGUUCCGUAA